AUGAUGGGAAAUAUUGAGACCAUUUGUGUCGAUCUAAACGACUGGAAUGCCGUCCAAACGGCACUGGAAAGCGUGGGUCCAAUAGAUCUGGUGGUGAAUAACGCGGGAAUGUGUCUCUUAGAAGCCAUCGGUUCCAUCACUGAAGAAUCCGUUGACAAACAGUUAUCUUUGAACGUAAAGGCAGUGAUAAAUGUAUCGCAAACUGUGGCUAAACAGUGGAUCCGAGACAAGAGAAAGGGUGCGAUCGUUAACAUAUCGAGUCAGUCCAGUAUGAGAGCCCUCAGAGAACAUCUGGUGUACUGCGGGUCUAAGGGGGCGGUCGACCAAAUCACCAGGGUGCUCGCCCUUGAACUCGCACAACAUAACAUUCGGGUCAAUUCAGUCAACCCGACGGUCGUUUGGACUGAUCUCGCAAAGAUAGUGUGGGCGGACCCUAUAGUGUCGGGCGCUAUGAAGUCAAGGAUACCUUUGGGACGAUUUGCCGAACCGGAGGAAGUGGCGGAUGCGGUGACCUUUCUAUUGAGCGAUAGGGCGGCUAUGAUUACAGGCGUUACUCUUCCCGUCGACGGAGGCUUUCUCGCCACUUAA